UCUAGAGUCAGUGGUGGAGAUCAAAAUGUUGAAAUCCAUCAUGGAUGAAACUCAAACAUCUGGAGAUGAAGAUGUUUUCCCAGGAUACAGGCACUCUGAUUCAGUUCAUCAGAAGAGAUCAGAAGCAGAGCCCAGCUGUGUGUCUAUGAAGAGUGACAUGUCUAUGGAUAAGCCAAUGCAGUUUAAAGGUGGAGAUUCACAGUCUGGUCUCAGUCCAGUUCAUCAGAAGAGAUCAGAAGCAGAGCCCAGCUGUGUGUCUAUGAAGAGUGAUGCAUCUAUGAACAUUCCAGAAAAGUUUAAAAGUGGAGAUUCACAGUCUGGUCUCAGUCCAGUUCAGAAGAAAAGAUCAGAAGCAGAGUCCAGCUGUGUGUCUAUGAGGAGUGACACGUCUGUAAUUCAACCAUUAGAUUGUAAGAGUGGAGAUACGCAGUCUGCUCUCAGUCAUGAUGUCUACAACACAUUUAAAACAAAUCUGAUGAAGAAGUUUGAGUGUCUGUAUGAGGGAACAGCAAUACAGGGAAACCCAACACUGCUAAAUGAGAUCUACACAGAGCUCUACAUCACAGAGAGUGAGAGUGGAGAGAUCAAUAAUGAGCAUGAGGUGAGACAGAUUGAGACACAAUCCAGGAGAGCAGCAACAGAGGACACAGUCAUCAAAUGCAAUGACAUCUUUAGACUUUUACCUGGACAAGACAAACCCAUCAGAACUGUGCUGACAAAGGGAGUCGCUGGGAUUGGAAAAACUGUGUCUGUGCAGAAGUUCAUUCUGGACUGGGCUAAAGGGAAAGAGAAUCAGGACAUCCAGCUCAUAUUUCCACUUCCUUUUAGAGAAAUCAACUUGAUGAAGGACAAAACACUCAGUCUUUCAGAUCUUCUUAAUAUAUUUUUCCCAGACACACAAGAAAUUAAAAUAUCCUUUGAUGAAUAUAAAGUGUUGUUCAUCUUUGAUGGUCUGGAUGAGUGUCGUCUGUCUCUGGACUUUAAGAGUGAAGUGAAACUGUGUAAUAUGUCUGAAUCAGCCUCAGUGGACGUGCUGCAGAUGAACCUCAUUGUGGGGAAUCUGCUUCCCUCUGCACUCAUCUGGAUCACCUCCAGACCAGCAGCAGCUGAUCUCAUUCCCUCUGAGUGUGUCCAUCGAGUGACAGAGGUACGAGGCUUCAAUGAGCCACAGAAGGAGGAAUACUUCAGGAAGAGAAUCAGUGAUCAGAGUCUGGCCAACAGGAUCAUCUCACACCUGAAGUCAUCAAGGAGCCUCUACAUCAUGUGUCACAUCCCAGUGUUCUGCUGGAUCUCCGCCACUGUUCUAGUGAAGAUGCUGAGUCAAGCAGAGAGUGCAGAGAUUCCCAAGACUCUCACUCAAAUGUACACACACUUCCUGAUCCUUCAGACCAACAUCAAACACAAGAAGGACUAUGAGAAGAAAGUGAAUGAUGAAAACAUGAUCCUCAAACUGGGGAAACUGGCUUUUCAGCAGCUUGUGAAAGGAAACCUGAUCUUCUAUGAUGAAGACCUGAGAGAGUGUGGCAUUGAUGUGACAGAAGCAUCAGUGUACUCCGGAUUGUGCACUCAGAUCUUCAGAGAGGAGUUGGGCUUGUAUCAGGGGAAAGUCUUCUGCUUUGUUCAUCUGAGCCUUCAGGAACAUCUAGCAGCUCUAUAUGCACACCUCUCCUUUACAAACAAGAAGAAAAAUGUAUUUGGCCAAAACAAACAAAGUCUGUUGUCUAGGAUUUUUAACCAGAAGAAAUAUAGUUCAUUAUCUGAGCUGCAUCAGAGAGCUGUGAAUGAGGUUUUACAGAGUAAGAAUGGACAUCUGGAUCUUUUUCUGCGUUUUUUUCUGGGUCUCUCAGUGGAGUCCAAUCAGACCCUCUUACGAAAACUACUGUCACAGACAGGAAGCUGCUCUCACAAAAAAGAAGAAACAGUUGAGUACAUCAAACAGAAGAUCAGGGAAAAUUGCUCUCCAGAGAAAUCCAUCAAUCUGUUUUACUGUCUGAAUGAACUGAGUGAUGAUUUACUGAUGCAGGAGAUCCAGCGUUAUCUGAAAUCUGGAGAAAUAAGAGAAACCAAACUCUCCUCUUCACAGUGGUCAGCUCUGGUUUAUGUGUUGCUGACAUCCGAGCAGAAGAUGGAUGUUUUUGAUCUAAAACAGUUUAUUGGAAAACAACAUACAACAGAUGAAGUUCUUCAGUAUUUGUUACCUGUGGUUAAAGAAUCCAGAUCAGUUCAGUUAUGUGGAUGUAAUCUCACUGCUAAGUCUUGUGGGAGUUUAUCAUCAGUUUUACAAUCCUCAAACUCUGUCCUGAGAGAGCUGGACCUGAGUAACAAUGACCUGAAGCAUUCUGGAGUGAAGCAUCUUACUGAUGGACUGAAAAGUCCAAAGUGUCAGCUGGAGAUUCUGAGGCUAUGUGGAUGUAACCUCACUGCUCAGUCCUGUGAAAGUCUGUCUUCAGCUUUACAAUUCUCCAACUCAAACAUCCUGAGAGAGCUGGACCUGAGUAACAAUGACCUGCAGGAUUCUGGAGUGAAGCUUCUUUCUGGUGGACUGAAGAGUCCAAACUGUCAGCUGGAAAUACUGAGAUUGUCUGGCUGUAUGGUGACACAGAAAGGCUGUGGUUAUUUGUCUUCAGCUCUAAGUUCAAACUCCUCACACCUGAGAGAGCUGGAUCUGAGCUACAAUCACCCAGGAGAUUCAGGAGUCAAACCACUCACUGAAAAACUGUUGGAUUCAACCUGCUCACUGGACAAACUCAAUGUGGAUCAUGGAGGAGAAUCCAGGAUUACAGCAGGACUGAAGAAAUAUGCCUGUUUUCUCACACUGGAUCCAAACACAGCAAACACUAAACUCAUUCUGUCUGAGAAGAACAGAAAGGUGACAAACAAAUAUGAGGCUCAGUCGUAUCCUGAUCAUCCAGACAGAUUUGAUGGAUAUAAUCCACAGGUGUUGUGUAGAGAGAGUGUGUGUGGACGCUGUUACUGGGAGAUUGAGUGGAGUGGACAUUAUGGUGUGUAUAUAUCAGUGUCAUAUAAAAGCAUCAGCAGAAAGGGAGGUGAUGAGUGUUUGUUUGGAUAUAAUGAUCAGUCCUGGAGUUUGAUCUGCUCUCACUCCAGUUACUCAUUCAGACACAAUAACAUAGUGACUGAACUCCCUGUUGUGUCCAUCAGUCAUAGAAUAGGAGUGAAUGAUAAUUAUAUCUAUAGAGUGGGAGUGUAUGUAGAUGUGAGUGCAGGAACUCUGUCCUUCUACAGCGUCUCCAGAAACACAAUGAGUCUCAUCCACACAGAACAGACCACAUUCACUCAGACGCUCUAUCCUGGUUUUGGUGUUUGGUCUGGAUCAUUAGUGAAACUGUGUUGAUGAAUCAGAAUAGACUGAUGAGAGAUUGUACCCAUAAUGCUUUGAGCUGCAUGUUGAAUGAGUAACAGUAAGAUGUUAUUGAGUCUCUUCAUGACAUUAAUACUGCAGCUCAACUUCUGUCACUCAAAUAACAGAAUAAAUGUGUCAGAAAUCACCAUAUAGACAGAAACAUCAGUGUGUGUGUGUAUUUGUUUUUAUUGUCGUGUCAGUCAUUUGU